AUGUUUUGCAGUUCAUGUGGCGUGGUUUGUGAGCCCGAUUCAUUUUUUUGUCACGCAUGUGGUUGUAGAGUUGACGUUACGGAGGGUUCAAGAACGGAUAUUGAUGAUAUAAUAACAGAUUACUUUUAUCGUGGCUAUCAAUAUAGUGCAAUUUUAGGUUUGCUUAAAAAGCACCAAGGAGUACAGAUCCAUGUAAGAACACUUAAAAGGAAACUCAAGGAGCUUGGAUUAAAACGAAGAGAAGCUAAUUAUGACGAAGAAACUGUUCGACAGUGUAUUGAGCAGGAGAUGCAAGAAGCAGGUAGCCUGGCUGGGUAUCGUUAUAUCUGGCAUGCCCUGAGAUUGAGACAUCAUCUGAAUGUCCCACGACGACUAGUAGCGAUAAUCAUGAAAGAAAUCGACCCUGAUGGAGUUAGAGCGAGGAGAGCUGGGCGGUUGACAAGAAGAAAUUACAUUUCCCUUGGGCCAAAUUUCGCAUGGCACAUUGACG